AGGGCGCGCAGCCUGGCCUGUCUCGAACUCCUCCUUCGCUUCUCCUGGCCCAGGAACGCGGCGAGAGUUAAUCUUUAAUCUCUGACCCUUGGCGCCGAGGGCGGGGACCGCACUCCAAGCUCGGUCGCCCGUCGCUGGGGCCUGAGCCCAGCGGGUCCAGCUCCCAACCCCAUGCUGCGGCCUCUCCUUUGGUCUGGUCCCCAGGUCCCGAGUCGCAGGUGUCCUCCUCGACCCAAGAUGCGGUAGGAAUUGGAGCCCUGGGGAAGUCCUGCCUUUGGCGCCACCAACUCAUCGUCCAAGCUCAUGGCGACCCCAGGCCUGGGGCUACUCCUGGCAGUUGGUCUGCCGAUGCUGCCCGCCGGUUGGAGCCAAGCGCCCACAGCCCCGGACCCUUUCAAUAGCACGACUCCGUCCCCAGACCCUGAUUCCAGUGGGGGCCUGUCUUCAGAGGCCGUUGUAGCCAUCGCUGUGGUCUUUUCCAUCCUGGGAGUCAUCCUCUUAGCGGUGGGGCUAUUCCUGCUGAUGCGGAAACUUCGAGAAAAGCGCCAGACAGAGGGCACCUACCGGCCCAGCAGUGAGGAGCAGUUUUCCCAGGCAUCAGCUGAGGUCCGGGCCCCCCAGGACUCCAAGGAGCCAGUGCGGGGCUGCCUGCCCAUCUAGCUCCUUCCCCCUCCUCCCUGUCACCCACCUUCCCUACUUUGCUGUGUGACCUUGGGUGAAGGCAGCACCCUCUGGGCGAUCAGAUUCACCCAAUGCUUAAAGAUAGAAGGGAAGAAAGUUCUUCAAAGACCUUGACUUUGAGGGAAAGGGAGGAUGGGGCUACUCACUUUUGUAUAUUUAUGUGAAAUUAAUAGUAAGGUAUAAUAAAGUGUUUUUUUUCUUUUUUC